AGACGUAAGUGGCAAUGUCUAUAAAGCGUAUUCUCGCUCAGCUGUAGAUAUUAACCGGCUAAAUAAAGGGUGACCCUUUUAGCAUCUAUAGUGUACAGCAAACAUUGGGUCUUCAAUUGCGCCGGGUUAUAUAUUAGAAAAUUCUGACAGCUCGGGACCGUCACAAGAAAAUAAUGUCGUUUUUAUUACAUUUUUUGAUAAAUUAUAUUUCUAGUUUCGAUUCGGCUACGAUCCAAAGGCAUUAUCGAUUUUACUUUUUAGCGCGUGAUUGUAUUUUACACUUUUUUGAGAGAUACAGUGUAUGCGCUUUCGAAAAACAUAAAAAUUUUCACAGCGGUCGAAAGUACUUUGAGCGAGCGUAAAUUGUUACAAUAAUUCAGUUGAUUGCACAGUAAUACGGCACCCGAAUAUGGGUUAGCGGCAAGGAAUUCGAAGAUCUAGUGGACAUUAACAACUGUGAUAUUUAAAUGGUUGGUUCGUGUUUAUAUUUUGUUUGUUUUAUUAGUUUGUGUUGGUGCAUUCCGGUCGAGAAAGUGUGUGAUAGUAUCGAGUGUUUUUGUGAGACGGAUAUGAUGGAAAUGUACUCAGCUGGUAGGAGUUGCCUGACUGACGCCGGCUGUGUAUGCUGAAAACUCAUUUUCGACACGACACGACAAAUAGACGUGUCCACAAGUACCAAACACCUGAUACCAAAGCAAAAGUCAGACGAUGAAAAUGAUGCCGCAGCAGUACUGUCUGCGGUGGAAGCAUCACCACACCAACGUGCAGAAUAUGUUCGCACAGCUGCUAGAGAAAGAGAGGUUCUGUGACGUGACUCUGUACUGUUCGUCGAACUUCGCAUCGCAAGUGCCCAACAAGGACACUAUAGAUCCACAGCACAUAAGAGGGGUGUCCCUCAGGGCGCACAGGGUCGUGUUAGCAGCGUGUUCGGAGCUGCUGGGCACGCUGCUCAGCGCUCACGAGGCGCAGGGAGAGCCGGUCCUGGUGAUAGACGGCGCUGAGCCGCGUCACCUUAAAGCGUUGCUGGAUUACAUGUAUACUGGCGAGAUGAAUGUUCAUCAUUCGCAGCUAGCCAGUUUACUGAAGACAGCGGAGGAUCUCCGGAUAAAAGGAUUAACGGAUAUCCGGUGGAACAACAAGGACGAGCCCCCCGACUGUGAUAGUGGUAUAGUAACAGCGGUUCCGACGGAAGACAAGCAAGAGAAGCUAGCUGAGAAGCAACCGUCGUCGAAGCUCGCUUCGCCGAAGCAAGAGGCCAACCAGAAGCACGAGGUGUCCGAACUCAGGGCGUACGUGAAGAAGGACGACUGUGAUGAGGGCAAGGCGGAGAAAUAUAACGUCAAUGGAGGACCACCGCCGCUCAUAAAGUUGAACACAAAAGAGAAGCACAGCCCGCCAAAACGGGAACACUCCGAUUCUGACUCUCCAAGCCCUAAGCGACAAAGGCACAUGAGCGGGACAGAGCAUACGGACGACGAAUCGCUCUCGCAUAAAUCUGACAGAGAUGCGCAAGAGUGGCAACACGGGAAUAUGGACAUAAGCGCCGAGCGAGUGGUCGGCUGGGGUAUGGGUUCCAGUUCACGUGUGUGGUCCCGUUCGAACUCCGAGGACGAGUGGGACGCAUGCGCGGACAUCGGCUCCUUCCUGCACACCAGGCUGCGGGUGUUGGGCGACAACAGUGCGGAUGAAUCUAAUGACAGCACAACUGCCGCCGCGCCCUCCGCGCCGGCGUCAUCCUCGUCGUCAGUUACGACUGACGUCAAAAUUGACGUCGCGUCGUCAGCUAUCGCGAACCUCAUCAGUCACAAGCCGGCGGUUGGGCCCAAAUCGGGUCCAACAGACCCCCGGUUCACGGACGUGGUGAAGCUCAGCGAUUAUCUGCAACACGGCAGGCGACCACAGUUUUGGGAGGAGAACUAUGUGAAAAGGGUGAUGGAAGCUGUUCGGGUGAAAGAGUUAGAGAUGAAACAGGCGGCUGAAAUUCUCGGCGUGAGUUACGGAACACUGUAUGGACGGUAUAGAGACGUGUACGGAUGUAUCAACAGGCCUUACAGUUACAGGACCGCCCGCGACUUUUGGCAAGCGAAGGGUCCCUCCGAGGUGCUGGAGCGGCUGCAGCGCGGCGAGCUCUCGCUCGACGCCGCGGCGCUCGCGCUCGGCGUCAGCGUCGCCAACUUGUCCGCUUACGUCGCUGACUUCCCCGGCGACAAAGAUUUUGAGCCGAUACCAAUAGAGGUCGACCCGUCGCUGAAGCUGCGCGCGCGCACCUACAGCGGCUCCGGCUCCGCGCUCCACACCAAGCUGGACAGGAGGCCCAGCAAGCCGCCACAGCCCCAGAAGAAAGUGACAGUUGGGAGUUUAACUGACGACGAUCCAAUCCCUGCGGCUGUGAUCUCCACACAGGAAAAGAACACCUACGGAACCACGCCGAGUGGUAAAUGGCCCACAAUCCGCGUGGCCAGCCUCGACACAUUGCGCGAGGCGUCGCCGCCGGCCGCGUCGCCGUCCGCGCUCAUGCGCACGCGCCCCGACCUCACGAUCGUCGCCAAGAAACCGGAAGCGAAACGCGACGACGACGACACGUGAUCACUCUCCGGCUACUCCGACAACACUGACUGUUGAAAUGUCGGAAGUCUAUUUGAAAAUGGAACGAUUCGCUUUUUCCCGGAUGUACUGUGCCAGUAAGUGACCUUGCUUUUUAAAUGUCGCAAGUGAUUUUGAAAAUGGAACUUCUGUGGCGCGGUAUGUGCUGUUUGAAUUUUGAAUCCUGUUCUCUUUUCGGGCUGGAAUUUCCGGUGAAAUAAAAAGUGACGAAACAAGAAAAUUUUAAUUGGACGAUUGUUGUGUCGCAAUUUAGGACUGUUACGGACAUUAAAAAUAUAUAUUUAUUACUUUUUAGCUUAGUUAAGUGUAGGAUAAUGUGUAAAAAUGCAAAUUGUUUAGUAAUUUGACGUUUAAUUAAAUUAUAUUCGAUUAUAAUACAUACAUUAAAUAUUAAUUGAGAGCUUUCGCGGUUUGUUUAUUGUUCGAUGUUUAAAUAUUUGUUUUCUUUUUAAAAAUAUAUAUCACUGAUAAAUAAUAAUAUUACAGAAUUUUAAACACAUGUCGAAUUUUCGUAGUAGAAUUUAAUGAUAAGCUUUGUAAAGAAAAAGUUUUUUUUUUUCUAAACUAAAUUGGCAAAGGUAUGUUUCCAUAUACAUAUUUAUUUUAUGUGUUAUAAGUUCUACUCAUACGUUUUUAUUUGUGUCUAGUGAUGUUCUGUUCUCGGAUUCCCGUGAGGUAAUAUUCCCUCUAAUCUGGGAAUGCCUCCGUACCGGGAAUAAAACAUUAUUAUUCGUGUUGUCUUUUCAUAAUACAAUCGAAAUUAUGGGUUUUAAAUCGUUUCAUGUUUCGAAAUCUCUAUUUGUAAGUUACUUUUUGGAAAUAUUUUUUGUUGAUAAAAUCUUAUAACGUUUCUCAAAGGUGUACACCACAUUGUGUUACUGAAUAUCUAUAUACAUACGGAUCUGUAAGUUCGUUGGGUAAAAUUAAACGGUGCGAAUCGGUGGUGGUGUAAUGGUUAAGACCCCCGUCUGUGGAUCGAAAGGUCCCAAGUUCGAAUCCUACUCGUGCCACACGAGUUUGUAUACCAAUCUGACUCAUGUAUAGUUGUUUUCAUCGACCACCACUUGCUUCCGGUGAAGGAAAACAUCGUGAGGAAACCUGCACACUGGUUGAUUCUUAUUAACUUGUGUGUGAAAUGGAGAAGGCAAUGGCAAACCACUCCAUUAAUAAUGCCAAGAAAGUUGUUACUUGUGUUUCAUACAGUCAUGAGGAAUACGACUAUGAAGAAAAAUAAUAAACACUUCUAAAAAGGGCGUUUCAUACGAUUAUUUUAAUUUAAUUUAUUUUAUUUUUCACAUAAUGUAAAACUAAUAAUUUUAAUAUAUUUAAAAAAAUAUGCAUGUAUAAUUUAUCUAUACGAUCUACACUAUUAUUAUAAAGAGGUAAGCGUUUGUGAGUUUGUAUGUUUGAGGCGGGUAAUCUCCGAAACUACCGAACCGAUUUCAAAAAUUAUUUCACCAUUAGAAAGGUACAUUAUUCAAGAUUGCUAUAGGCUAUAUUUUAUCUCAAAAUUCCGACGGGAGCAAAGCCCCGGGCAACAUCUAGUUAUGGAUGUGUGUUUGUUACUCUUUCACGCAUCCUCAAAAACUUUCUGAUUUAUAAUAUUAGGAGGUUUUAUUUUGGAAAUGAUUCCUUCCUCAUGAAAAUUUACGGAUCGUAAUGACAGCGCGGCCGCUCUGAGAAGACUGAAACCCGAGAAGUGAUCAGACAAACUUCAUCUUACUGCAACUAAAACCACCUUCAUGUAAAAAAGGAUUUAAGCAAUGGCGCCAAUUUUUUUUUAAUAAACAUGACACAAAUUAGGACUUGCAAUGAAAUAAAAUCUUUGAAAAAACUACUGUUUCUAUUCUUGAUUGACAAAACAUUAUUCUGCGUAUGAAUUAACGUCUGACAAUUUAAUAUAAAUAUAAAUAAUCAUGGAAGUAGUUAUAGAUAUAUGACUUUGAAACCAUUACAUUGUAUAUAUGUAUAUACAGGGUUACUGGUAUCAAACGCAAAACCUCCUAAAGACUACUUGGGCACAUCAAAUUAUCUAAUUUGCGAUUCUACACAUGUUAACUCUAUGUAAUAGCCGAGCAACACGAGACAGUACAGUAGCUUUAUGUAGCGGAAUCGAACAUAGAGUUAACGUUUUUUAGAAACGACAUUAAAACUAAAAAAUAUAUAUUUUUUUUUGUAUUUAUUACGUUUAGACAAAAGUCGUAGAACAAAAGAUGUUAGUCUCUAUGUACCUUAUGCGCCUUUGGAAGGUUAGCGUUAGAUACCAGUAACCCUGUAUAAGUAAGACCAAUUUUGUGCGCUUGACCGCGACGUAUAGCGUACUAUAUAUACGAAUAUAAGACCUAUUGUAUGACAAAAUUUAACAUUAUGAAUUGACUUAAAACUUCGCAUAAUAACUCUACCCAAGGUAUCAUACGACUUCAUUAAAUACAUAUAGGUAUUUUGUGACAACGUGUGUGUACACUUAUAUACUUUUUGUACAAUUAAUUUUAGUGUUAAAUUAUAUUGGCGAGCAUUGACCUUGUUUACACAUUAAACUAGAUGUAAGCAGAAUGUAAAUAGAGAAUAUUUUAUUUAACUGAAUAGAUUUAUGGUGAUACACAACUGCACACUAGAUAAAGGAAUUUAUUGCGUAAAAUUACAGUUUUCCAUCACACAACGUAGUCACAGUCCACUAAACCGAAAACGGUUGCCACCACAAUCUUCGCAGUGUGAUUACUUUGUACAAAAUCUUGGCAGUAUACUGUGAUCACUUUGUGCAAUGGAAGACUAUAAUACUUUGCAAUAAAUUCCUUUAUCCAGUGUAGAAUAAUUUGGAAAGAGGAUUUUUUAGUUUUCGCUAAUGAACACAAGAAAUUGUGUUUAUUAGCGAAAAAUGGGAUGGCGGCGCCAGUGUGCAGUUCCGUAUCAUCUUAACAGUCGUUAAAAUAAGCGUACACAUCGCAAAAUGUAAAUUUCUCAAAAUGUACGCGUAUCGAAAUGUUUAGUACUUUGAAAUGCUCUUUUAUGUGUAAUGUAAUUGAAGUGUAAUUGAAGAAAUGCCCAAAUUAUUCAAUAAUCUCCCUCAAAUAAAACUUCUCAAAAUGUUUUCAAACCGAUUUUAAAAAGGAGCUUAACUCACAAAAUUUACUUCUACAUAUCGUGAGACUAAUGUACAGUUGUGAAAAAAAGUGUCUUUUGUUCUUUUUUGACAUUAGUAAAACAAUUGACAAGCUUCUUUUUCAUAUUUUGAGAAGUAAACAUUUUGCGUCGAUUGUUAAUUUUGCGACGGGCGCGUUACGCUCGUCGAUGAUGUUCAAGUCGAAAGUUCCGACGAUAUGUGUUCAUAGUUUAGUUUAGGCGUUUCAUUUAUCAGCGACUCCAUCUUAAACGGGCCAGUCUUUUACGAUCCAGAUUGCGACGAGUCGGACUAUAAAAGGUUUGACGCAUAAUGUACACUGCGCAAAAUGUGUACAUCUGAAAAUGUAAACAUCUGAAAGUGCGACAUCAGCCAAAUUUGUCUGUGAAACUGAAUAGUUUUCUAAAGAAAUCUGUGUUGAAAAAUCUACACAGAUUUUUUCGGUAAAGUAUUUUAAUAUUGUUUUAAUUACUUUUCCAUUAUUGUUCCAUCCACUGAUCGGACUUAAUCAUCAUCAUGGGGUGCCAUCUUCGAAUUGAAGUUUGGAGGUCAGCAUAAGGAAACCCUCGCGGCUUUGGGCCGCUAUUUUCAGUUGGUUGUAUCAAAUUCCGGUCCAAUCCUUUAUGUCAUCAAACCACUUAAUAAAUUCUUGUAAAAUAAGAUAUUUUAUUACAAAUCGUACAGAUAUUCUCUCUCAUUUGAGAGUUGUCCGGGUUUCUUCCCUAGCCAUAGAGCAUCGAAGCCCAGAUUCCUGUUGUUUCUUCUCCACUUCGUAUGGUCUUCGACAUCCUUAGUUGUCAGACCACGUCAGGAAGAAUAACAGCUGUCACAUUCCUUUCUUCACUCCCAGACCAGCAUAAAUCAUCUUUAUUUCAAUUUAGAAUUAUAUACAUCACUUAUUGACGUCAAAAAAUUGCUUAACACUAUGUCUACUGCGGACUUCCAAAACUCGUGUGAAAAAGAAGCGAAGCAGUACCGAAUGUAUUGUGAAAAUUUGGCUGGUGUUAAAAUAAAUCAAUUGUAUAUGUAGUUGCUGGCUGUGGCCCGUGGCACGCUCGUGGCAAAUAGUAGCCUAUCUCACUCUCGUGCUGUACUAUCUCGUACUAUCUACACACAAUUGCGUUUUGACGCGAAAGAAAUAUAAAAACUUUCACAUGUGUAAUAUUAUUAUCGAUAUUUAUAGAUUUGCUAAAUAUAAUACAUGAGAUUCUUAUUAUAUGUAAAUAGGAAAUGUUUUAUAUUGUUUAUUGAGUUUAACGAACAAAUUAUUUCCAUCAUAUAUUUAGUAUUAGAUCCCCAAUAGUUAUUUAUAAGUGAAUUUUGUUAGUUUAAUUCUAUGUUUUUACGUAAAAAUCGUGGUUAUAUGCACGUGUUUUUUUUUGUUAUCUAUGGCAAAAUCUUGUUGUGUAAUUAAUUUUCUUUUGCCUUGUUUUCUAUAACGAUAUAAAUAAACAUAGUUUUAUUUUUAAUUUUAUGUAGAAAAUUCGAGGCUUGGACAGUUUCUAAUUUUAUUAAUAGUUUUUUUUUUAAAUAAAAUCAAAUAUGUUGUUAACGCAUAAGAGUUUUCUAAUAAGAAAAUUACAGCUCUCAUAUUAUGUAAAUAUAUAAUGUAUUGUAUAUUAUAAGUCCUUAGAAGACCAAAUUAUACCCUAAUGUGUUAUAUGGCAUAGCUUUAUAUUAUAUUAUUAUAUAUUAUUAUAAAAAUAUAUAAAUGUCAUAUUUGACUGACAUUAUUAUGGAAUAAGAUCGAAUAAAAGUUACAUAUAUUUUAGUUAUAUGAAUAGUCUUAUAGAACACAUUUCCAUAGAAAGUAUUCUAAUAUAAAAGAUAUGUAAUUAUGUAUGUAUAUUUAAACUUAAAUAAUCCAACGUGAAUAUUGCAUGUGUUUGUGACAUUUUGUGUGUCAUAUAGAAAAUUAUUUAUUUGCGUGCAAUAGGCUUAAUUUUAGCUUCACUCACGUAGCUGUUAUAAUAUUUCAUAAUUAAAAAAAUAUGAAUGAAAAAAAUAAAUUAGAAAAAUAUGAAUAUAAAUUAAAUGACCUUGACUUUUUCUAAUGCAGGGAUAUUUAGUAUUUAAAUGUUUUUAUUCAAUAAAAAAAAAACUAAUUAAAUAAAAAUGUUCGCGGCAGUUUUUCAAGCGUAAUUUGAAAAUGAAUGCUUUAUAACCUUAAAAAUACGUUCUAACUGAAUCUCAAUAUUUGGAACAUAGUAAAAAGACUCAAUAUAGUUCAUAUAGUUGUGAUGUUUUCCUUUACCGUAAACAAGUAUCCACUUGUUUACGGUAAAGGAAAACAUCGCGAGGAAACCUGCACAGUAGCUAUAUCACUGUGCAUACUACAGUCGCCAGAUGGUGAUAGCCGUCGUGUCAGAUACCUUUAGACGACUUCAAUAAAAUCGUAACACACUUGAUACGAGACAUGGACACGGAACGCACUCGUAAAUAAGAUUUUAUUUAUUUAUUCAUAUUAAUAUUAUUCAGUCGCCAACCAAGUGUUACAAUGAUCUUAAGGUAAUUACAAUUAGUGAUUAUAAUUUAGCCAUCUAUUACAGACAUCUGGCACAAAAUGUCACUACACAUAAUCAUAUAUAUAUAUAUAUAUAUAUAUAUAUAUAUAUAUAUAUAUAUAUAUAUAUAUAUAUAUAUAUAUAUAUUUAGUACACACAUAACAAUAUAAAGCUGUAAUGAGCAUAUUAUAGUGAAGUAUAUUUACACAUUCACUCGUUCCUUUGUCGUUUCAUUAGUAUUAAGGCCUUUCACACAGUGGCGCAACAUGAUUGUGUUCUUACGUAUAUACCGCACUGGUUUUUUGCUUCAAUUUCGCAAAAUGUACACUUCGCAAAAUGUAAAAAGAGAAAUAAGAGUUUAUUUUUCUUAGCGUGUUGACUCGGCGAAUCAUAGUGAAGACCAAAGACUCAAAAAAUGGAGAAGGAGGAGAUUAUCUAUCACUAGUGGUUGCUCGCGGCUCUACCCGCGAAAAUGUAGCUUAUUUAACUCUCCCAGCUCUCCAACUGUAUCCAUGCCAAAAACCAUCUGACCCAAUGCUCCCAGAUGAGCAAAUAAGUAUUUUCAAAUUUAUAAUGUUAGUGUUAGUAUGAUUAUUUUGAUUUUAGAAGGAUUGGAGAAAGCAAUGGCAAACCACUCCAUUAAUAGUGCCAAUAAAGUUGUUGUGUGUGUUUCAUUCCAUGUAACUACCAUCAGCCAUGAGGAAAUACGACUAUGAAGAAGAUGGCAAUAAGUUAAAUCUGGUCCUAUUUUUCUCAAUAGGUAUCAGAAACAGUUUAUACGGAACACAGUUAUGUCUUAGCUAUUUACGACCUCGCUGGCGCAGUGGUAGUAGUAGAGGUCCCAGGUUCGAUCCCCGGUCGGGUCAUGAUGGAAAAUGGUAUUUUUCUGAUUGGCCCGGGUUAUGGAUUUUUAUCUAUAUAUGUGUUUAUUAUAAAAUAUAGUAUCGUUGAGUUAGUAUCCCAUAACACAAGUCUCGAACUUACUUUGGGGCUAGCUCGAUCUGUGUGAUUCGUCCGUAUAUUUAUAUUUAUUUUAUUUAACGAUGCCAAUAUUUGCGAAAAUGAAAAUGUCAAAAUGGAUUCCUAAUAUACUUUAGGGAAAUACAAAUAUUAAACCAAGUAAUUAUAAUUGAGUGCUACUCAAUCACCGUUUUUACUUUUAUUUAAGUGAACACAUUUUUAUUUUGCUAUUUAUUUUAUUAAUAUAUACUAUUGUGCAUUGUCUUUUGGUCGUGGUAAUUUGGUUAAAGCCGCGUAGAGUUGAUAAUCUCCUUUUUGAGGUAUUUACAUUUUGAGCCAUUUACAUUUUGCGAAGUGCACAUUAUGCGUCAACUAGUAUAUAUAAGGUCAUAGCACUCUUCAACCUCACCGUACCCCCCCCACACACCCCCCCGCCCCGCGGCAAGGUUACGUGCAUUGGAAAAUCAGCUGUAAACCGUACUCUUUAAGCAUAUUUUAUAUUGACAAUAAAAUAGCGGAAGCUCAGCUCUCGUCAAUGUAAACUGUGUCUACAGGGUACGAUUUAGAGCUCAUUUUUGAAUGAAUGCAUAUUUUAUAUUGACAAUAAAAUAGCGGAAGCUCAGCUCUCGUCAAUGUAAACUGUGUCUACAGGGUGCGAUUUAGAGCUCAUUUUUCAAUGAACGCCAUCUAGCGGUGCGGUAGAAAUGUGGCAUCAAACGUACACUAUAACAAAAAAUAUAAUCCCACAAAAUAUAAAUCCCAGCCACUGUGUAUUACCUCAAUGUGUAAUUAAUUAUUUUUUUAUAAAAUAUUGUGGUUUGUCACAUAAUAUGGUCUUGAACAACUUCGGAUUUGCGUUGAUAGAUGGCGCUUUUUAAAUCAUAUUUAUUCAAAAUUCUUCAUUCAACCCUGGAUCAUAUACAUUAUUUGUUGACGUCAAAAAUUUACUUUUAAGUCUACCGCCGACUUCCAAAGCUCAGGUGAAGAAGAAGCGGCGAAACAGACUUCACCGCAGCCUUUUCUCCUACGACGACAAAACCAUACAGUCAAUCAUGCUUAAGCUUUUCUAAAAGAGUAAAAUGAAAUUUUAUCGACUGCAAAUACAGCCGGGACCGAUGGCUUAACGUUCUUUCCGAAGCACAGAGGAGCUCAAAAUAAUAUAUUUUUGGUCACCCAUCCAAUGACCGACCAUUGUGAAAGUGGCUUGCCUCUAUCCACUGUGCCAUCGAGCUCGUCAGCAAUAUAUAAUAUUUCGAUUAUAUAUAUAUAUUUUAGUAACAUCGUGUUUUUACACGUGUAUACAACGCAGAUAGAUAGAAACUGAAAUAGGGUUCCAUUUGGACCCCUCGGUGUGGAACCCAAAAAACAAAGCGCCAUUUAUCGACCAAAAUUUUCUCACGUUUGAAUUUAUCUAAUUGCAUAUUUUUAAAUCGCAAGAAUUUAUUUGAGUUAUAUUUAAAUGUAACAUUAGAUUUUUUGAAAUUAGUUUACAUGGACAUAUUCACUGCUUAAAUCGCGAUUAGCGUGUUAACACGCCUGGCGCAAAAUAAAAUAUUUAAGGUAUUCACGAAAUUACACUUUUUCAAUCAAAUAUUGUUACUUCUAUCCAAUUUUCCUACAUUAUAUGGGAUUAUUGAGGAAAAAUCACCGUGCGUGUCGCUUCGAAGUUAUGAUUUUUCUUGUACACGCCAGGAGCGAUUUUUUUUUGCUUAUUGGUAUACGCCAAGACCGUUUACUCCUGACGAGCGUGUAGCUAUAUCAUAAUCAAUCCCGAUGUCACUCACAAUCGUAAAGCAGUGAAUUUGUCAUAAAGGUAACCCACAAAGCGGAUAGACCGCGUUAGCCCACCCUAAUGUACCUAUACCUGUCCAACUUCAAUUGGAUGUUUCGUACCAAAUUAUUACGUAAAUAAGUUAUGUUAAGUUAAUUAUGCAUUGGCCGGACAUGCUUUAUUAUGAGCGCGAAUGAAAUAUAUAUUUUUUUUCAUAUUUUCUAUAAGUAGUUUAAUUGUAAAAAUCGACAAGUUGGCCGAUUUGCUGCCAGCGCGGUCCCAUUAUAAUCAAUGGCACAACAUCGACACCCAUUUUAUUGUCCCCACUGAUGGGGCAGUGGUUUUUUUGAUGGAUGGUUAAAAGUGCUGGCAACGACCCACCAAUGCGGGCCCAAUGGGGGAUUGAUACAUAAAAUAUUCAAAAAAUAUAUAUUUAAAUUCUUUUCUAGAAACAAACUAAAUGUAUAACUAAUCUAUAUAUACGAUUAUAUAUAAAAGGGUAAUGUUUUAUUUAAUUCGUAUCAAAAUAGAGCAUGUCGAGUCACAAAAAGCAAUUAAGUAUAUUUUUAUUCGACUCAUAGACUAAAAUCUGUAGCAGGCGUGUUGUUAUACUUGAAUAUAUUAACUCCAUGAUAUUUGUUGAUACAGGUUCUCUGCCUCCUGUUGAAAAAGGACCCACUCGCAUUCAUUUAUCAGGCUAUGAAGGAUAUGUGACACGCCAGGAUUGUGAUACCAAUCUUAGCGUGUCAAAUUCUGAUUACGAUAAUAAUACCAGUGUGUUCGGGAACAUAUUUUGCGGUUUGCACGAAUCACGCCUCGCCCAUACUAACCCGGUAACUGAAUGCAUGCGAAUCUGUUUCCACUGCGAGGCAGGUAGUGGCCUUAUUGUGCGCUAUAGUAAUAUACUGUGUUUUAGUAAUGUGAUGGCGCGCGUCAUUUCAAUAUAUUAUUAUUAUCUAUACUGUUAAAGAGGCUGAAUAUGGCUAUGUACCUUACGCGACUCACAAAGUAUUAUGGUGUCUAAAACGAGAAAAAUGUCUUUACAACAAAUAUUAUAGAAAACUGCCAAUAAAGUGUAGAAAACUGAUUUUAAACGAAUUAAUGCGCAUCACACACAAACUACUGGAUGGAAUUUGAUGCGGUUCAGAGUUGUAAUAGCGGAUGGUCGAAUUUAAAAUCUGGUAUAAGUUUCAUCGCGAUACGAAGCUUAGAACCCGAGAUAUUAACAAUAAUGUGAACACGAUAUAAACGCGGGUGAAUCCGCGGCCAAAAUUCAGUUUUGAUAUAUAAAGCAUCUUUAAAAAAUCUCUGUUCACGUGAAUAAAAUACGUAUUCAAGUAAUAAAAACACGUGUGUUGCAGAAAUUGUAAUUGUUUAUUUAGUGGAAAGAUCGAUCUAUAUACUUUUGUAUUCCGAUCGGUUAUGUUAAUAUAAUUUACUUUUGUGUGUAAAGCGCGAGCGGAAACAUGAAUUAUUGCAUUGAUAGAAAGAGAGGAACAAAUUUGGGGCUGAAUUUUUGGAAAACAUACGCCGAAAGUAAUUUUCUUUCAAUGAGAGAAUAUUUUCUUUCUACCUUAUCUAACUAUAUUCAUUUCUUGUUUUUGUCUAAACUAUAAAGUGGUAAAAAAAACGUUCUCUGAGGUCGUGUGGAUCCUUUCUCUUUGCAUAAUGUUUCUCCUAAUAUAUUUCGGCGUAAUGAUGUUGAUGUAACAUACUAUAUAUAGCAUUUUAGCAUUGUAUAUUUUUCGCAAAACUCUUGUUUUGGCAUAUGUGUUUUAGAAUACAUAACAAUACUUAUAAAUAUGACUUUACAAAACCUGAUAGGUUAGAUUUGUUAGUUUACUAAACAAUAGUAAAAUACCAAACAUAAACUAUCGCUCGCUUUUAUAAUAACAAAAUUUCUUUAUUCAAACCAUAAGUCCAUUUUUUUAUGUUGAUAAUUUGAAAAUUGUGCUUCACCACUGUUAUGCCUAAAAAAAAUAUGUCUAAAUAUUAUUAGGAUAAACAAAAGAAUGUGUAUUUUAUGUUUUAAAAUUUUAUGGAAAUUGAAGGGGUCCAUAGACCAUGAAACUAUAGAUAAAGUAUGUCUAUUAUAUUUGAAGAAAGUUCAAUUCUUUUUUUUGUUUAUUUAAUUUUAGUCUUUGUUUUAAUUUUGGUUACUGUAAUACCCAUUGGUUAUAAAAUUAUGAUUUCCAAAAAAAUAUUUCUUAUUGCGUUAUUAGCAAAUCAGAACAAAAUGUUUGCUUUACACAAUCUACUUUCAUGUGAAAAUAUCAGAAAAGUGCAAUUAAUGUCAAAUGAAUAUACACAACCCUUUUAUAUUAUUUAUCAUAUUGCAAUUGGUAUUACAUAAAUGUUAUUAUGUUACAUUGUUAUUCGUAUUAAUAAAAAAGUAACCUAUUUUAAUUAAAAUAUAUUUUGUCUCUGCCAACAUCAAAGAGAUAAGGACAAAACAUAUUUUAAAGCUUUUUUACGACUGUUACCUUGUUUUUUCUCGUAAAGCCUUUUUCAAAUAAAGAAUGUUAUAAUCGUGGCUGGUUUAAAACAAUACUUAUCAGGAAAUGACUAUGCCAAAGAUUGUUAAUUGUUCUUAAAAAUGUACGUAUGAUGUUUUUGUUAGUGUUUCCGUUCGAUAGUUUGGCAUUGUCGGCAACAUUAUUAUGUAAGUGAAAAAAAAAAUUAAAUAAAACAUUUCAUCUAUGUUU